GGCAACGGGGCGAUGGCAAGGAGCCGGGUGGUUUACAAGUACACGGAGGCGGAGGACAAGAGCAUGCGGCUGGGUUUCCUCCUCAUCGCGGCCGGCUUGCUGUCCCUGCUGGGCUUGGGAUGCUGCUGGCUGCGCCCGGCGCUGCAGGAGCGGGGCAGCGGCGGCUCCGCCAACUGCACGGUGCUGGCGGUGCGGCAGCUGGGCGAGCGCUUCGCCUGCACGUUCUCCUGUGGGGCCGCCUGCCGCGGCACGGCUCGGUAUCCCUGCCUGCAGGUCCUGGUCCGCACCUCCCGCUCCCCAGCGCCCGCCCUGCUCCAUGAGGACGAGCGGCAGCUCCGCACCAACCCCAAGUGUUCGUACAUCCCUCCCUGCACAAGAGACGAUCAGGAGAACUCUGAGAACGUCACGUACAAGCAGAAAUACUGGAAGAAGAAAGUGGGUUCACAACCAUUUACAUGCUAUUUUAACCAGCACUUGAGGCCAGAUGAUGUAAUGCUGAAGCGCACCCAUGAUGAGACUGUCCUCUUGCACUGCUUCCUCUGGCCUCUGGUUACGUUCCUGGUUGGAGUCCUCAUCGUGGUCCUGACCAUCUGUGCCAAGAGCUUGGCUGUCAGGGCAGAGGCAAUAAAAAAGAAGAAGCACCUGUGAAUGGCAAGGCUGCUGAUGGAUAAGAAAAACCUUCAAGAGGGUCUCAAGUGGGGCAACUUGGCACACCUGCAGGUCUGCAGGGCACCCAGCUGUGCCUCCUUCCAGUGUCUCAUCUGAUGGUGGAGCUGCUCUUGCCUCAGGAUUAUCCUUGGAAGGCUGCCCCAUGAAAUGCCAGCUAAUUGCUUCUUCUGCUAUGGCAGUAAAUAAAUAUAUUCUACCAAAAAACAUCUACACUGCAC